ACUCGCGACGCCGGGCUUCGGCCAGUCGGCACUAUGUCCGCGCUCCCAGCUAGCCUGCGGAGCCUGCGGAGCAGCUGAGGUCCUUUCAGCUCAGCUGACCUGGGGGCGUGGCCGGGAGCUGGGGGCGUGGAGAGCUAGAGCCUGGGCUCCUCCCGAACAGAGGGUAACUUCCGCGGCCCACCGAAGCGCGGGGCUUCUUCACCCUUGGGUGGGUGAGGUACCGGCCACCGGCAUGCUCUUCCGCCUGCUCCUGCUGCUUGCGUUGUGCGGUGCGGGCUCCGCUGCCAUGGUGGUCAGCGUCAGUUUGCGGGGAAGCUGGAGGAUCCGCAGCGGGAACGGCUCGCUGGAGUUGCCCGCGGAGGUUCCCGGUUGCGUGCACAGCGCCUUAUUCCACCAGAGGCUCAUCCAGGAUCCUUACUACAGAUUUAAUAACCUUAACUACAGAUGGAUCGCCUUGGAUAACUGGACCUAUAUCAAGAAAUUUAAAAUCCCUUUUGACAUGAGCAAAUGGCGUAAAGUCAAUCUGGUUUUUGAAGGCAUCGAUACAGUUACAGCAGUACUGCUCAAUAACGUUCCUGUUGGCGAAACAGACAACAUGUUCAGAAGCUAUAGCUUUGAUAUUACACAUGUGGUCCAAGCGGUAAACAUCCUUGAGGUGCAUUUCCAGUCACCUGUGAUAUAUGCGGACCAGAGGAGUAAAGUUCACACUCACUACAGCGUGCCCCCCAACUGCCCUCCGCGUGUGCAGGAUGGCGAAUGCCAUGUCAACUUUAUUCGCAAGGCACAGUGUUCCUUUAGUUGGGACUGGGGGCCUUCCUUUCCUACCCAGGGCAUCUGGAAAGAUGUUAGAAUUGAAGCCUAUAAUAUUUGUCAUCUGAACUACUUCACAUUUACCCCCAUAUAUGAUAACAAUAUCCAGGAGUGGAAUCUUGAAAUAGAGUCUUCUUUUGACGUUAGCAGUUCAAAGCCAGUUUUGGGUCAAGCGAUCAUAGCCAUCCCUGAAUUAAAAAUACAACAGACAAACAGCGUAGAACUUCAUCACGGGGAAAGGAUUGUUAAACUCUUUGUGAAAAUUGACAAGAGUGUUACUAUAGAAACUUGGUGGCCUCAUGGACAUGGAAACCAGACUGGGUACAACAUGACAGUUCUUUUUAAGCUGGAUGGAGGCUUAAGUUUUGAAAAAUCAGCUAAGGUUUAUUUUAGGACAGUGGAACUUAUAGAAGAGCCCAUAAAAGGGUCUCGCGGUCUGAGUUUCUACUUCAAAAUUAAUGGACUUCCCAUAUUUCUGAAAGGCUCGAAUUGGAUCCCCGCAGAUUCAUUCCAGGAUCGAGUAACCUCUGCCUUGUUACGGCUCCUUUUGCAGUCUGUUGUGGAUGCUAACAUGAAUGCUCUCCGGGUUUGGGGAGGAGGAAUUUAUGAGCAGGAUGAAUUCUAUGAACUCUGUGAUGAACUAGGAAUAAUGGUAUGGCAGGAUUUUAUGUUUGCCUGUGCGCUUUACCCAACUGAUCAGGAUUUCAUGGAUUCAGUGAGAGCAGAAGUUGCUUACCAGGUCAGGAGACUGAAAUCUCAUCCCUCCAUCAUCACAUGGAGUGGAAAUAAUGAAAAUGAAGCAGCGCUGGUGUUGAAUUGGUAUGAUAUACAGUCCAGCCACCUGUCUACCUACAUCGAUGAUUAUGUGACACUGUAUGUGAAAAACAUCCGAAGGAUCGUCUUCGAAGGAGACCAGACUCGUCCUUUUAUCACAUCCAGUCCUACAAAUGGGGCUAAAUCCACUGCAGAAGGCUGGCUCUCUGAAAACCCAUAUGACCCGAAUUAUGGUGACAUACAUUUUUAUGACUAUGUUGGUGAUUGCUGGAAUUGGAAAAUUUUCCCCAAAGCUCGAUUUGUAUCUGAAUAUGGAUAUCAGUCCUGGCCUUCCUUCAGUACAUUAGAAAAGGUUUCAUCUAAAGAGGACUGGUCUUACGAAAGCAAGUUUGCACAUCAUAGACAACAUUUCACAGAUGGUAACUAUAAAAUGCUUCACCAGGCUGAGCUUCACUUCAAACUCCCCCAAAGUGCAGAUCAAUUACGCAAGUUCAAAGACACUAUUUAUCUUACUCAGGUGAUGCAGGCCCAGUGUGUCAAAACAGAAACUGAAUUCUACCGCCGCAGUCGCAGCGAGAUAGUGUAUGGAGAAGGACACACCAUGGGGGCACUUUAUUGGCAGUUGAAUGACAUCUGGCAGGCUCCUUCCUGGUCUUCUCUAGAGUAUGGAGGAAGGUGGAAAAUGCUUCAUUAUUUUGCUCGGCAUUUUUUCGCUCCGCUGUUGCCGGUGGGCUUUGAGAAUGAAGAUGUGUUUUUCAUCUACGGUGUGUCAGACCUUCACUCAGACCACAAGGUGAUGCUCACUGUGAGAGCCCACACAUGGAGUUCCCUGGAGCCCGUGUGCUCUGAGACCACUAAGCCUUUUGUGAUGAAAGCAGGGGAGUCUGCUCUUCUCUAUGAUAAGCCAGUAGCUGAAUUAUUAAGAGGAUGUACAAAUUGUACACGACAAAGCUGUGUGGUUUCCUUUUACCUGUCAACUGACAGGGAGCUCUUGAGCCCAACCAACUAUCACUUCCUGUCCUCACCAAAGGAGGCCAAGGGGCUCCAGAAGGCAAAUAUCACUGCCACCAUCUCUCAGCAAGGGGACACAUUUGUUUUUCAUCUGAAAACCUCAGCUGUUGCUCCCUUUGUUUGGUUGGAUGUAGGAAGCAUCCCGGGGAGAUUCAGUGACAAUGGUUUUCUCAUGACUGAGAAGACACGGACUGUAUUCUUUUACCCUUGGAAACCCACCAGUGAGAGUGAAUUGGAGCGAUCUUUUCAUGUGACUUCACUGGCCGAUAUUUACUGAGGGAAUCCAGGUUGUAUUUGCAGGAGCUGAAGGCAACCAGAAACAAAUUGAGGAAGCCAGGAAAUGCGUCUGCUUGCUGUCAGGUGUCUGCGUAACCACUUGGUGAAGAGUUUGUACAGUGCAUUCUCCCAGGGAAGGCUGUGUACUCAGGUGAUUUCCUCCUCCAGCAAAGCUGUGCCCAGGUGCCAUCCAGUCUGCACCAGGACUGUGGUUUUAGCCCAUUCCUCCACAGCUUUUGCACCACAUGAACCAGUUAUAAUCCAGCUGCCUCUCCAAGCCCCAAAAGGAAGUCUGUCCACAUGCAGCCCUUUAAGGAAAUCACAGACAGAGGUUACUGAAUCCUGCCAUGAAAAGAAAGUAUGCAACAAUGAUGCAGCCGAACUCCUUAGGUCAGGUCUCAGCCUUUGCACGGGAUUUACUGAGCACCAGGUUGUGCCACGUUGUGCUGUGUAUGCAGUGAUUUAUUUCAUUUCCCUUCAUUGUUGCUACCUGGCAAAAGGGCAUCUGAAUGAUUUUUCAUCCUAAUUUAACUGCUAUGGAGCUAUGAAAGCUUGGCACAAAGCCUCCGGAAUAGCUGAUUGAUGGGGGAGAAGUCAGAUGAUCUCUUAAAAGUCACAGUAACGGAGAGCGAGAGGGACUGAAACCGUGAACUACCGAAACCAACUAAAACGAACGGUCCCCGGCGCAUUUGCUGUGUGCAUAUGUUGGUCACCAUUCAAGACGUGCUGGUGGUGAGGUGGGAAGGCAGCCAGGGCCAAACGGUGACUCUGACCUUCCCUGAUCAACACUGGGAAGGAGAAGACGGCCGAGGGCUGCUUUGGCGUCAGGCUGACUCGCCCAGUCAUCCAGGAGCACAUAAAUACUUCCCGAGCGUGUAUGUCCCCGUCUGUGGGAGAGGAACGGGAAGGAAAGCUGUAAAACAGGUUUGGAAAGGAAAAAUCUCUCUCUGGCCAGAGAAUAGACCUAGCAACCUGGUUAUCUGGUGUCUGGCGUCAACCCGUCAACCUCCCCGAGCUGAUGCCAUUGUAUGCGAGGUUUCACCUCACCUUCUUCAGCACCAACUCUGCUUCCUGAGUCCCAAGAAGGAAGCCUGGGAGAUGGCAUUGCUAGAAUUCAGUUUCAUCUGCUAGUCUUCUUUCAGUUCUCUGCAGACUGCAAGAAAGGUGAACUUGCUUGUCCCUGUCCUUUGGGUGGGAUCCCAAGCGCCACGGCCACUUGAAGACCUUCAACUUUGGCAUCAACAUGCCCAAGGGCUCUUGCACGGCAUUUAAGGGACUACAGACCAUGGAGGCUGGAGAGCGGGAGUCCUCCUGAGUCAGAGCAGGGAUAACAAGACUUUGCUGCGGGAAAUGAUUUUGCCCUUGGUGAUGGCCAUUUACCAUGAUUGCAGGUGACUUUCAGAGUGAGUGGAUGUUUGCACACAAGUUGGAACUCGAAGGAACUUCAGGUUCACUCUCCAUCCUUUAGAGUUUUUGAACAAGUAAUAUGGGAUAAUGAGUGACCACUCACUGUAGUGCCUGGCAGGUGACAGAUGCUCAAGAAAUCUAGACUGAAUACAUAUCUUCGUUCCUUGAGGGUUGUUGUGAUAUCUUAAUGAAAUAAUCAUUUUGGAGAGAGAUAUCAACAUGGAAAAGCUAAUUGUUGGAGGACUUCAGGUAUGGCUAAAGAAUAACCUGUGGAAUCAGACACACCUGGAUUUGAAUCUGGGGCUCCGGACGCGCAGGCUCAGCGGCCAUGGCUCACGGGCCCAGCCGCUCCGCGGCACGUGGGAUCCUCCCGGACCGGGGCACGAACCCGUGUCCCCUGCAUCGGCAGGCGAACCCUCAACCGCUGCGCCACCAGGGAAGCCCCAACCAGUGCCAUUUUUACAACAGUAUUUGCUCACCUCGUGUCUCGGUGUCACAAUUUGGUGUCACAAACCAUGCCCAUACAAGACGGUGAACCUAACUGAUAAAUGAUGUGUGUGGUCUGACCGCUUCACCGAAUGGCCGUUCCCUGUCUCUCUCCUUCUCCUCGGGCCUCUCUAAUCCCUGAGACACAACAAUAUUGAAAUCAGGCCAGUUAAUAACCCUACAAGGUCUUCUAAGUGUUCAAGUGAAAGGAAAAAUUGCACGUUUCUCCCUUUAAAUCAAAAGCUAGAAAUGAUCAAACUCAGGAAGGUAUGUCGAAAGCCAAGAAAGGCUGAAAACUAGGCCUCUCGCACCAGUUAGCCAAGCCAAUUCCCUUCCAUUCUUGAAAGGAAUGAAAAGUGCUCCUCCAGUGAACACACCAAAGAUAAGAAAGCAAAAGAGCCUUAUUGCUGAUAGAAGAUCAAACCAGCUACAACAUUCCCUUAAGCCAAAGCCUAUUCCAGAGCAAGGCCCUAAGUCUUUUCAAUUCUGUAAAGAUUGAGAAAGGUGAGGAAGCUGCAGAAGAAAUGUCUGAAGCUGGCAGAGGUUGGGUCAAGAGGUUGAAGGAAGGAAGGCAUCUCCAUAACAUCAGAGUGCAAGGUGGAACAGCAAGUGCUGAUGUAGAAGCCACAGCAAGUUAUCCAGAAGAUCGAAGAUAACUAAACGAGGUGGCUACACUAAACAGCAAAUUUUCAAUGUAGAUGAAACACCCUUCUAUUGGAAGAUGCCGUCUAGGACUUUCAUAGCUAGA